AAGAAGAAAAAAUAACUAGGCUUAGAAUAAGGAAGCAAGUGGGAUCAUAUGGCAGAUAGAGAAGAGGAUGUGAAGCUUCUAGGCUUUUGGGCAAGCCCUUUUAGCCGUAGAGUCGAGAUGGCUCUCAAACUUAAAGGCGUGCCUUACGAGUACUUGGAGCAAGAUUUGAUGAACAAGAGCGAUUUGCUUCUUGAGCUAAACCCGGUUUACAAGAAGGUUCCAGUUCUUGUCCAUAAAGGUAAAAUAUUACUCGAGUCACAUCUGAUCCUCGAAUACAUCGACCAGACAUGGACAAACAAUCCAAUUCUUCCUCGAGAUCCAUACGAGAAAGCUAUGGCUUUAUUUUGGGCCAAGGUUGUUGAUGAACAGGUCACAUCUAGGUUGAUUUCCCUGGUGAAAGCAGAGAAGGGAUUAGAGGUUGCAAUUGAGGAGGCUCGAGAACACAUUACAUUUCUUGAAAAGGAAGUCACCGGAAAAGAUUUCUUCGGUGGCAAGACAAUCGGAUUUUUGGACAUGGUCGCAGGAAGUGUGAUCCCGUUUUGUUUGGCUCGGGCUUGGGAAGGUAUGGGGAUUGAUAUGAUUCCAGAGGAAAAGUUUCCAGAGCUAAAUAGAUGGAUUAAGAAGUUGAAUGAUUUGGAGAUUGUGAGGGAAUGUAUUCCUCCUCGAGAGAAACAAAUUGACCACAUGAAAAAAGUUGCAGAGCGAAUCAAAUCGGCUUAAGAAAUAAUUAUCAUAGUUUUUUGGACUGGAGUUGUUAACUUGUUUUUAUAGCUUCGUUGUUAAUAAGUUGUAUGUGAACUAUCUACUAAAUAAAAAUGAGGAUAUCUGUAUCUGCAAUGGUAAAAGAAAUAUUUUGUAUGAAUAUGAAGAUACGUAUCUCUUUACUUGAGCUUUUUUUUUAUAACUAAA